GACCCCGCAGCACGGGGGGGCGUCCGGGACCGUGCGGUGCAUCCGCAGCGACACCUGUGUGAGGCGCGGACCCCCCGGACCCCCGCCACACCUGCGCGGCCCCCAUUGUUACCCCGACGUCAUCCACGUUGCGGAGAAUUUCUCAUGGUGCGAACAAUCGCGAGGCGAGCGCGGCGAGCACCGACCGCACCGAUACGGCGCGCUUGUUUACAAACAAGUGAGCGCGCGCGGCAUGGGCUCGGCCUACAGCAAGCGCAAGCUGGUGCUGGUGCAUCCCCUGGUGCCCGGGGGCCUCGUCGGCGGACUCCAGGACGACGACGAUGACACCGGCGACGACCCGAUGGCGGCGAUGGCGGGCGCCAUUACCAUUUCGCCGUCCGUGCAGAGCAGGUUCAUCAUCGUUUCGGACGAUGAAGAGGCGCAGUUGCUCAAGACCGAGUCCUGGGCGCGGCGGUCUCCUCACGCCCAGCAGCAGCCCCCGGAGUUGUUCUCACCUCCCGCCGCGACUGUCGCCCGGCCCCGCAGUACGAACCGGGUCAGCCCGUUCGGGAGCCAGUCCGACGAGCCGGGGGCGCCGGGGGCUCCGGGGGCCCGGCCUGCCGACCAGGGGGCCCAGGAGCACGAGGCCCGCGCCACCACGCAGGUCGCCAACUCUGAGGUCGACCAGGCGUUGCCGCUGCCCAUCGAUACGAUCGCCAGACGGAGGGUGCCUGUCGACCGUCCACGCGGCCAGGGCGACGACGGUUUGCAGCACACCACCCCUGCUCCAAACAAGCCCGCCGACCUCAACGCCCUGCUGUUCGGACUCGGCGAGCACGCCGUCGUGGGAGCCCUCCCGGGGAUGCCUCACGUCCCCACAGAGGCGGACGCAACCGCGCAAAUGCGCGAGCACUUGAAGCUGGCGGCGGAGCUGCGGGAGCAGCUGCAGGCGGACGGGCGGCGGCGGGAGCGGUUGCAGGCUGGCCGCGGCGCGCUGCAGCGCUGCUACGCGGCCCACCCGGGCGACCCGCUGGCCUGCGGGGACCUCGUCAGGGCCUUCGCGGCCACCGUGGACGCCUCACUGCGCCCUCACCCGGCGCGCGCGCCGCUGCGCACGGCCACGCACUAUUGAGCGCACGAC